AUGCUUCCAACGUUCUCACCCACGACUACUUUCUCUUCUGCUUCUUCACGUUCGCCCAACCAGCACCAAAGCAUAAAAGUUCUACUCUACGUUGCCGUAGUGUCGGUAUUUGUACGUGCAGCAAUGAUAGAAGCCAUACCAGGAAUGACACACUCGAGCGCCGCAUAUGACUGCGAUUAUGGACAUCUUUCGCUCGAUAACGAUGCUAUUCUCUCUCAAGUGAGCUUUGGUUACGAUAGCAACGAUUACGAUACGCAGAUGGUUAGAAGAGAAGGAGGGGGUGUCGUUGGUACAUUGCUAGCUGGAGCUAAAGCGCUGUUGAAUGGGUUUGCAUGA